UGAGCAUCCCCAGUCCCCAUAGACCACCAGUGCUAUGACUUUGAGCUGUUCUAAUUGGUGUGAGGUUCUGAUUUAGAUUCCAAAAUCUGUAAUACUGGCUCUAAGGUGCUUCUGAGGAAACACCUGCUCUCUCCAGUGCUCUAAUGCUGCUCUUGAUUUUGUUUUUGAAAGUUCUGAAUAAAAGCCAUUUAAUUCUGCCGUUUUUCCUGGAGCUAUGCUUAAGAUUUGAAAUACUAAUGUUGCGAAGGGACAGAAGAGCAAGUAGUUGGCUUCCUCUCAAGGUAAGGAUUUUACUGCUAGCAGGCUUAAUGAAUUCUGAUGAAUGACCUUGUAGCAGGAUUGGUUGGCUUGCUAUACCGUGAUCUUUCAUAUUAUUCUUCUUAUAAAAAAAGAAAGAAAAAAAACCUCCCUCAGAAGGAAAUGCUGACAAGUGAUAGUAUCAAACUAAGGUUGGUUGACGACGAUCAAAAUCUUUCCUACAGAAGGAAAUGGUACCAGCACUAAAUACACAUACAAGACACAUAAUGGUGGUAAUCAAGGAUCUCAACAAUUUUUACUCGAAAUAUUCAGUAGAAGCAUGUCUUACAAGUGUUUAUUAAUUUUUAUUCAGAGAGUGUGUUACAGGUUAUUGAUAGGAGCAGGUCCUAUUUUUAAUACCAUAUUUAAUUCCAAGUUUUCCAGUUCAAACACUCAAGGUAUAUGAUAUGAGUUUCAUUUAUUUUUCACUAUAGACAAACCAUAGUGACUACCUUAUGAUUCAUGCAGUCAUCAUCUGAGGCCUCGCAAAAAAAAAAAAAAAAACAGACAAGGAUAUCUUCUGCCGACGAGAAUUCUUCUUCAAACGUUAUUUAUAGUCUGCUUGCUGAAAAGACCCUUAGCAAAGACAAUCUGUUUCCAUCCUAGUUAAGGUUACUGCAUAAUAUAAUGGAUACAAGGCUGUUUGAGGCAGCUCAAAGAGGAAACAUCGAUUAUUUGCAGCGGUUGCUGACAGAAAAUCCAUUAAUCCUCAACAUCACACUGCUGUCUGCUGAGAAUCCCUUGAAUAUUGCUGCUGAUAUGGGGCAUGUCGACUUUGUGAAGGAGAUUAUAAAGUUGAAACCAGUUUUUGCCAAAGAGGUAAACCAAGAAGGCUUUAGCCCUACGCAUAUAGCAGCAGCCAAUGGCCAUGUUGAGAUUGUGAAGGAGCUAAUGAAAGUCGACAUCAAACUCUGCCGGUUAGAGGGAAGACAGAAAAUGACUCCUCUACACUAUGCAGCUAUCAAAGGGAGGGCGGAGGUGAUCAGUGCAAUGCUUUCAGAUUGUCCUGAUUGUAUUGAAGAUGAGACUGAUCGAAAGGAGAAUGCUUUGCAUCUUGCGGUCAAGAAUAACAGAUUUGAAGCAAUAAAGAUAUUGGGGGACUGGAUCAAAGACAUGAACAAGGAAUACUUGUUGAACAUGAAAGAUGAGCAAGGGAAUACAGUUUUGCACCUUGCAAGCUGGAAAAAACAACGCGAGGUGUUAGAAAUGCUACUUGGAAGUGGAACUGUAAGUUCAGGCUCGUUGGAAGUGAAUGCCAUUAACCAUAGUGGCCUCACCGCCCUCGACAUGGUUCUAAUUUUCCCAAGCGAAGCAGGGGAUAGAGAAAUUGUUGAGAUCCUUCGAAGCGCUGGAGCAACAAGAGCAAGAGAUAUCAUCCAGUCUACCAUUUCCGACAAUCAAACCUCUACUGACAACACCUCAACACCAGAGAGAUGCCUGUCAAACGGAAAUAAUUUGAUAGAAUACUUCAAGUUUAAAAAGGGGAGGGAUUCACCUAGCGAAGCGCGCAGCACACUACUAGUUAUAGCUGUUUUGGUUGCAACUGCAACAUUCCAAGUUGGAGUCAACCCUCCAGGAGGAGUUUGGCAAGAUACAAACAUUCCUGACCAUACUAAUAGUACCAGCAGCAGCAAUGCUCACUUUGGAGGUCAGUCCAUUAUGGCUACCACAAACAAGGUUGGCUUCAUGCUGUUUGUGUUUUUCAACUCAGUAGGGUUUUCCAUGUCUCUUUACAUGAUCUAUGUCCUCACAAGUGAAUUUCCCUUGCAAUUUGAGCUUCAAAUAUGUCUGCUUGCUAUGUAUGGUACUUAUGGAACCGCGUUACCAUGCAUUGCGCCAUCCAGCCUCAAUCUACCUGUCCUGUUAACCACAACAAUAUUGUCUUCAACUACGUCCGCUUUAGCACAAGUAGCACGUCCACUUACAACAAUGCUCAAGAAAUUUUUCAAGGACUUCACUCAUAGAGUCGUUUGAAAGUGGAUGGAUGCAAAAUAAGGCUUCGAAUAUGAUUGUCUUGCUCACAUCACCAAGCGAGUCUCUUGCUGAUACAUUUUCAAAAGGUAUGAAGUUGUUGGCCAGGUAUCCAAUCGGAAUCAUCUGAAACUAAUGUAUAGGAUCUGUUUGGUGAUUAAAUAUAUUUUCUUUUGCACGCUUUGAUAUGUGUGAGCAAGCGAUUUCUGUGCUUUCUCUCUGUCACAAACCAGUUGUUGUCUUCACAGGUUCCCCUUCCAAGGGGCAUGGUAUCUUUCCUUCGGCUUAAGUAAAAUUGUUUGUUCAUGUUUUCCACUUGCAA